GACACAAUAAACUAGUUACAGGCUUAACGACUGUUACUCCACAAUGACAACUUCAGCGCCAACUUGAAAUUCACCACUGGUGUGAACGCUGGCCGGAGUGCGUCCUGGAAUUUGAAGGCCUUAAACCGGUGCGCAACAAAACCUUUUCGUUGAAGGACAGAGCGUGUGCGAGGCCGAGCCGCGAGCCCGCCCUCGCAUUCGUUCGGGCUUUACAAGCGGCGGUCCAAAGCGCACGUACAUCAGCAGAUACACCCAACCAAGAUACAGGCGGGGUUCUCUCGCUUCCAGGGCGAUGAGUGCAGCGACGGAUCGCUCUUGACGCGUCCACGCCGAGUCUCUGCAUGUGGCAGAGCGGACAAGUGUCCUCACAGAAUACAUCUCAACGCACGCCAGGAACCAACAUACAGCAUGGUGCACAUGUGUCUCAGUCUCAGCAGGACGCCCUGCUCGGCACCUCCCCAGGCGGCCUGGGUGGUGCUCAGCUGCAGGGCUGGCGAAUCCUGCCCGCAGGCGGGAGCGGGGCUCCCGCAGCCUCGCAGCAGUUCGCCACUGCUGGUGGGCUGCUGCUCCAAGCGCAGUACCUGCCGGUCGCAGUCUCGCUGCCUCCCGGGCUGCACCAGACAGGCCACGGCCUGUCGGGUGCGGGCCUGCAACAGCAGCCGCCCGCGCUGCUCUCUCCAGCGCAGUACUCCCUGGGCACUGCAGCCGUUCAGACCAUUCCGCAAGCGGUGCCGCCGCAGCAGUGGGGAGCCGCUCAGACGCCCAGCGCCUGGGCUGCUGCGCCCGGACCACCCACCGCGCAGCAGCAGCUGGUACACCAGCAACAACUUAGCCACGCAGCUGCCCAGCUGCAGCAACAACUACACCUGCACGCGCACGCGCAUCCACAGCUCAUCCAGCAACAGCAGCAGCAGGUGCAGCCGGGGCACCCGCCCGGCCUCACGCUAGCCCCCCAGCCGGGGGGCCGGGGCUGGGGUGGCCAGCACCUGCCAUACGGGCGUACGGACACCCUUUCGGGUGCCAUGAAUGCGCGGUCAACCGGCGGGCGCGACGCCGCGGGCGGUGGCGGCGGAGGCGGCGGCGGGGCGGGUGGCAUGGCAUACAGCCACGGCCGCGGCGGACGCGGCGGUCGCCACAGCGGCGGCGGUGGCGGUGGUGGGGGUUACGUACCGGGAGGUGGCCGUUACGGCCGCGGGAUUGGAAGUGGCGGCAGCUGGCGCGGCGGGAGCGCGGGCGUCAGCGGCGGGGGCAGCGGGCGCGGUGGCUAUGGCGGUGAUGGCUACGGUGGCGGCGGUUACGGCGGCGGUGGCGGCGGUUACGGCGGCGGUGGCGGCGCCGCCGCCAGCGGCCCGCACGUGGACACCCUGAUCCACCAGCUGUUCAUGUCGGUACGGCAGCUGCCACGUGGCCAGCCGGCACACGAGGCCGUCGCGUCGCGGCUGGACGGCCUGGACGGGCGCGCAGUGGCCGCGCUGAUGAAGCAGCUGUCGACCAACGGUCUGGCGGCGGCGGCCUGGGACAUUUUCGACUGGCUGCGCGGCCUGGAGCCGGGCGUCGAUCUGGGUCGGCUGCUGGACGUGUAUCUGUACACAGCCAUGAUCUCGCUGUGCUCCAGCAACAGGCGCGACCUUGACGUGGCGCUGUCGCUGAGCCGCGAGAUGGCGGCGCGCGGCGUGCCGCGCAACGUGCACACCUUCUCCGCCCUCAUGAACGUGUGCAUCAAGGCCGGCCAGCACCAGGCGGCGCUGGACGUGUGGCGCGAGCUGCAGGAGGCAGGCUGCAGGCCAAACGUCGUGACCUUCAACACACUCAUCGAUGUGUACGGCAAAACCGGGCAGUGGGCCGAGGCUUUGAAGGUCCUCGCCCGCAUGAAGGAGGAGGGUAUGGCGCCGGUGACGCGCACCUACAACACGCUGAUGAUCGCCUGCAACAGCAGCAACCAGUGGCACGAGGCGCUGUCUGUUUAUGCGCAGCUGGUGGCGGCCGGACAGGCACCCAACACCACCACCUACAAUGCGCUCAUCACCGCCUACAGCAAGGCCGGCCGCCUGGAAAAGGUCCUGGAGACGCUGCGCGAGAUGGAGGCCGCCGGCUGCGAGCGCACCGUCAUCACCUACAGUGCGCUCAUCUCCGCCUGCGAGCGCAACGGGCAGUGGGAGCUGGCCCUGCAGAUGUUUGGGCAGAUGCUGCGCGAGGGCUGCAACCCCAACAUCAUCACCUACAAUAGCCUGAUCACAGCGCUGGCGGCGGGGGCGCAGUGGGAGCGAGCCGCGGACGUCUUCGCAAAGCUGCAGCGGCAGGGUUGUGAGCCGGACGUUGUGACGUACACGGCGCUGAUCAACGCGUACGAAAAGGGCGGCCAGUGGCGCCGCGCGCUGCAGGCCUUCAAGCGCCUGCUGCAGCAGGGCUGUCGCACCGACCACGUCGUCUUCGCCGCCAUCACCGACGUCCUGUGGGACAGCGGCACCGCCAGCGCGCAGGCCCGCGCCGCACGCAUCUACCGCGCCGCCGUGGGCUCGGGCGCCAUCAAGCCUGUGACCGCCGCCCCGCCCGCUGCCGCGGGCUCCUCCACCGCCACCACCAGCACCGCCGGUACCACCAGCAACAAUAGCAGCGGCGCUGUCCCGCAGGCGCUAAUGGCGCUCGCGCUGUCUGGUGGCGCGGCACCGCCGCCUGGUGCCGCCUCGGGCGGCUCCGCCACCGGCUCCGCAACCGCCGCCACGGGCUCCACCGCUGGUGGCUGCCUGGAGCCCCUCCAGGAGGUUCACCUGGGCGCAGUGGCCUCGGGCUCCAGCGUGGCCGCCUUCUUCUGCUUCCUGGCGGAGCAGCGCGACCGCGCCAUUGAGUCCGGGCCUGGGGCGCUGCCACCGCGUGUGGUGCUGCGCUUUGCGCGCUCCCGCGGCGGCCGCGACGCGGGGCCGCUGCUGCUUGACGCGCUGCAGGCGUGGCUGGCGGCCCGGGGCGCGCCUUUCAAGCUGAUGCAGGACUUUGGCCCCGUGCCGGCUCAACGCCUGGAGGCGGCGGGGCCCGACCUGGCGGCCUGGCUGACUGGCGACGUCGCCGCACUGGAGCUGGCGCCCUUCUCCAGCGUGGGCGCAGGAGCAGGAGCAGCGGCCGCGCCGGGGGGUGGUGCGGGCGGCGGCAAUGCGCUGCUGCAGGCGGCGCUGGUGGGCGUAGACGAGGAGAGCGACCACGACGCCGCGCUCGAGGCCUCCUGCCGCGACGCCUUCGCCGAGGUCCGCUCCUUCGAGGCCACCCACUGCCUGUCCGUGGCCGCCAUGGGCCCAGCCUACCUGGCCCGCCGCCGCGAGCUGGUCGCCAACCUGCUGUCCGUCUUCGAGGCCGUCUUCGCCGGGGGCGCCGUGGGCGCCGCAGAUGGAGCCGCAGGCGCCGGGGCUGGUGGUGGUGGUGGUGCUACUGGUGGUGCUAGUGGUGGUGGUGGUGGCGGCCUGCCUCGUGUGGCGGUGCACGACGCGGUGCUGCUGCUGGACCGGUUCAUGAGCUCGGGGCCGGCGCUGCAGGACAACUUGCUGACCAUGGCCUCUGUCACCGCGCUGCGCAUGCUCGCCGUCUCCGAGCUCGCCGCCGCCACGGCCGCCUCGGCCGCCGCCGCUGACCACGCAGCCGCGGCGGAGGCGGAGCUGGAGGGCCUGCUGGCGCGUGUGACGGCGCUGCCCACGCUGGGCUUCCAGUCCAUGGAGGUCAACGUGCGGUCUGCGUUGGCGGGCGACACAGCCGCCAUCAGCGCCGCCCGCUGCGCGGCGGUGUACCUGCGGCGGCUGGGCGCGGCGCCCGAGGCGGCGGGCGAGGAACAGCUCAUGGCGCUGCUGGACGCGGCGCUGCUGGACGACGAGUUCCUCAACUACCGCCCCUCCGCCACCGCCGCCGCCGCGCUGUACGCGCACCGCCUGCGCCGCGGCGACACGCCGCCCUGGCCCACCGCCGCCGCCGCCCUGACGGGCUACGCCGACCUGCAACACCCGGAGCUGGCGGCGGCGGUGGGCGCCGUGCAGAGGCUGCUGAUGGAGAUGUCGUCGACAUCGGCGGCCGCCUACACCGCCGCCUCGUCCUCCAGCGCAGCCGCCGCCCGAACCAGUUUGAAGCUAGGUGCAGGCAGGGGCGCCAGAGAGCCGGCCGCCGCACCGGCCGCGCCAGGCGCCGCCGCCAGCGAGUAGGCAGCCGCGGCUGCUGCUGCGCCGGCUGCCAGCGGCGGAGCUGGCGAGGCUGGUGGCGGCGCAAAUUAACCGGAUGAGACAGAUGGCGAGCACGCGCCGUCCAGAAGCGGGGCUUUUUCGUGUCAUGCGUUUGGGGGCAAGGGGCCGGCGCCGCCGCCCCAACCUAGAUACCUACGACGCGCCAGCCCUGGUGCGCGAGCAAUAUGGGGGAAGAGGUCGUGUCAAGACCGUUGCACGCACGUACGCACGCACGCACGCACAGAGAGAAGUAAUCCUAAUGCAAGCAAUGCUCAAGCGCUUCAUACCGGUGAUGGUGCGCUGUGGAGCAAACAUCAGCGCAAAAACAAUCAGACGCACACCAAAAGUCUUAGAUGCAUGCCUUUGCACUGCCAAUAUCUAGAAAGCUUUGGUACAUAUCUACGACGACCGGCUUGGGUUGUGUGGAAAGGGCAUGGGAACUGCCGCGGCAGGAAAGACUGGUCAGCCUUCGCGCCGCCAUCACACGUCACGCAGUGUGUGGAGGUGUCGCAGCUGCGAUGCGUCGACACACGGGCGCAGGCGACCCGGACUCUGCGACUAGGGCCUUGAGAGCCUUUCGAGCAAGUCGGGAACAUUGGGUCAUAGAAGGUCAAGGAAGAAGCUAAUGUGGGUGGGGAGUUGGGUUUCAUGUUGGCCGCACCACCGCAUGCUGCUGUCUUACGAUUUCAUGCGGUAUGGCUUCGGAUAAUGCAUGCUCAACGUUACUGCACGGGAUUGCUGGCUGCUGAGCGGUUGUGCCAGUGCGUUUGACUGGCACGGAGCUAUCGGCGUGGGUAAGUUACUGGACCCGGCGCUGCUCAGACAGGCGGUGCUGCUGCUGAUGCACAUGGUGGUGGUGAUGUUGCUCAUGCAGUACUGCGUGUGAGGAUUACGAAGUCACGGCCUGCCCAGACCACUGCUGCGUUGCCGUUGAGGCCAACGCACGCAGGGGACUGUGUUUUCCCUGUGCACCCGCGGCCGCGAGGGGAUAAAUUGCUAAUGUACAUGGAGGGAAGGUGCCUGUUAAGGGUGUUGCGAUGUCGUCAGCCGAAGGCGGCUUGGCUCGCGCAUUCCUCCGCGGCACCGCUCAAUGCUGUGAUUUCCUGCUACGACCGCGCCAAAUGCAUGCAAGUUCAGUUGAUGCAACAGGGGGGUUGCUGCUGCCCCAGGCCGAACGAGUAAGGCCGGGUGAGGGGAGGGGUGCAUCGUUGCAGCGCCUGACAGGGUGGAAAUGCGUACGGCGUGCCGGUGCAAAGUAUGUACAAUGAAUGCGUGGCGCACGCAGUGUGGGCUGGCGCGACAGAAGGUGCAUGGAGGGUGGCACCUCGUCUCGAUGUCGACAUGGGCGCGCGGUGCGCAUGCAUGAAGGAUAGGCAGGGGACGGCUGUGCGCACACUCGAGACAUGAGAGCUCUCAUGUCAUGGAAUUGCCGGGGUCGGCAGGGAGGACAGGUGAUUAGCCAGGAGGCAGGUGUUCUUCUGGCACGCAUACGGCUGCUGCAGUUACAAGACGUACGCAUGGCUGGCACUGAAGCCUCGGAAAAACGCAUGCUAUUCACUGGGUACUGGGACAAAUAUAAUAAUCUGGUCAUACUGAAACGCUUGCCCAUGAGGUUGCGAUUAUUCCUGCACAGACAUUUUUGGAUGCAACGCACGCAAUGGCGGGGGGAUACCUAUGCUUGCCCUGGCAACGUGCGAAUGUUUUGAACGCCUUCAAUCUUUACGUAAUGCAAUAAGUGCAGCCUCGCGGUGAGGGCUGCGUUGUCUGAGGCUACACAUCUGAGGCACACCAGGGAGGCCAUACAUCGCCUCUGAAGCAGUACCCGCGGACUGCUCAAGCGCGGCAUGUGAGACCCUCUGUGCCUCCCGAUAUGCUUUAAUGGUGCAAUCCCUUCCUGGCAGAGGCACACGGAUAGGCGACAAAGUUUCAAUAAAGCUGUUGAAGAAGAGGGCUGUGUUUGACUGCCGGGGUCUGCUUUGUGUUGGUGCUCCCACAAUCCGGCGCGUGACCGCACAUCCGAACUCGGUGAUGCAUGCAUUAGCGCCCGAUGCGCGCGGUGUCCGUGACAGCAAUUGGUGCUUAAAGCGAGCGACCGAGUUUGAUAGUGGUGCGGUGUGGCGCAUGGAGACAGGGCGCAAUAUAUGCAAGACCUUGGCAGCCUUCAGCCCAUGUGAUAUAAUGCGGAAACAAUGCCUUGUUAUCUACAAGUGCCGCGGUUACCAGGCGGCGCAGGGGCGGGCUGAGGCGGCAAGCACGCAUGCGGAUACGGAUUGGGCGGAUUAACGCACGACGGAAGGAAGCUCACGCUGCCACACGGGUCACAGUGGCUCUUUGACUUCAUCAGGCCGACAUGCCACGGGCUCAUUACGUGCUGCUGCUAGUGAGAUGGCGAGCGAUGAGUUUGUGGUGUGUCGUGUACUUGCUGGGUUGGAGGCCUGUUGGAGGUGUAGUCGACUUUUGCUCACGUGGGCAAACGCACGCUGGUAGGGCUGAACGGAUGCCUCAAGUUCGCCAGGGUGUGACAACGCACGCAUGCCCUGCUUUGUAUGUAUUGUUGCACUGAGAAAGCGACAGGUGAGAGAUCCCGCGGGGAUGUAAGACUACUGCAGCCAUGGGUAGAGGCAUGGCAUGCGACGUGUGUGGAUAUUACAGUUGGCGGCGGGGCACUUCUGGGCCGAAGUGUUGUGGGCGAUAAGCAAUGGCGAGCGGGACAUGUGCUCCGAGUAGCAUUAAUUGAGCCAGUGUCUGGCCAACACAGAGUGCGCUGCAUGGCGGGCUGGGAAUUCGAGCGUCAGGAUCACGAUUGAUACACCCACGAGGCCUGCCAACCAAUAAGUGAGGCACUGGCUGGGGCAAAUCGGGGGCAUGCAAGGUUUUCGCCAUCUCCGCGUGGCGCUGCACAUUGCGCUGACCAACACGAUCAUGCGGGU